GAGAGAGAGAGAGAGAGAGAGAGAGAGAGAGAAGGGAGGAGGGAGACAGCCCCAGGCCAAGCAGGCGCGGAGAGCCACCGCCUCCUCUCGUCUCCAGACUCCCGGCCAAAGCGCGCGGUGGCGUCCUCGCGCCCUCGCCGGCGCCCCCGCCCGUCGCCCGCGCAGGCCAGGCAUGAACGCCGAGACUUGUAUCUCUUACUGCAACUCUUCGGCCGCUGCCAUGGACGCCUACUACAGCCCGGUGUCGCAGAGCCGGGAAGGUUCGUCGCCUUUUAGGGGUUUCCCAGGAGGCGAUAAGUUCGGUACAACUUUCCUGUCGGCCGCCGCCAAAGGACAGGGUUACGGGGACGCCAAGAACAGGGCCCGCUACGGCGCCGGGCAGCAGGACCUGGCGGCCCCGCUGGAGAGUGGCGCCGGGGCGCGGGGCUCCUUUAACAAGUUCCAGCCGCAGCCGCCGACCCCGCAGCCCCAGCCGCAGCCGCCUCCGCAGCCGCCCGCGCAGCAAGCGCAUCUUUACUUGCAGCGAGGCGCCUGCAAGACGCCCCCGGACGGCAGUCUCAAACUCCAGGAAGGCAGCGGCAGCCACAGCGCGGCCUUGCAGGUCCCCUGCUACGCUAAAGAGAGCAACUUGGGUGAGCCAGAGUUGCCCCCCGACUCUGAGCCUGUGGGCAUGGAGAGCAGCUACCUCAGUGUGAAGGAGACUGGGGCCAAGGGGUCUCAGGACCGGGCCAGCGCCGACCUCCCAAGCCCACUGGAGAAGGCUGACUCGGAGAGCAACAAAGGCAAGAAGCGACGGAAUCGCACCACCUUUACCAGCUACCAGCUAGAGGAGCUGGAGAAGGUCUUCCAAAAGACGCACUACCCUGACGUGUAUGCACGAGAGCAGCUGGCCAUGAGGACUGACCUCACUGAGGCCCGUGUGCAGGUCUGGUUCCAGAACCGUAGGGCCAAGUGGAGGAAGAGGGAGCGCUUUGGGCAGAUGCAGCAGGUUCGGACUCACUUCUCCACGGCCUAUGAACUGCCCCUCCUCACCCGAGCUGAGAACUAUGCCCAGAUUCAGAACCCGUCCUGGAUUGGCAACAAUGGGGCUGCCUCACCAGUGCCUGCCUGUGUGGUCCCCUGUGACCCGGUGCCUGCCUGCAUGUCCCCUCACGCCCACCCCCCUGGCUCUGGAGCCAGCAGUGUCUCCGACUUCCUGAGUGUCUCUGGGGCUGGCAGUCAUGUGGGCCAGACGCACAUGGGCAGCCUGUUUGGAGCAGCUGGCCUCAGCCCGGGCCUCAACGGUUACGAGCUGAACGGUGAGCCGGACCGCAAGACCUCAAGCAUCGCAGCGCUGCGCAUGAAGGCCAAGGAGCACAGCGCGGCCAUCUCCUGGACCACAUGACAGGGCCCCUCCUGCCAAUCCUGGUGUCCUCCCUGUCCUUGGGGUCCUGGCCAUGCCCCUGCUCUCCAGGCCCCCAGCUUCCCACUCCACUCUCUGCUUAGGAACCUGGCCUGGCCUAGGGGCCUGGCCCUCAGCACUUUCAGCCACCCCAAGUCUGAGGCCCUGGGGGCUGCUGGGAGGGAGGAGUUGGUAGGCCCCUGCCUCUCUCUUGCACUGAGGCUGUGACUCCUGCUCCCAGCCAAAGGCAGUGGAGAAAGCCAGGUGACCCUGUGUGUAGCUUUGCAUCCUAUAAGCUGAGGCCUUGUCUCCCAUCAUGCUCCUCUACCACUUCCAUUUGACUUGAGUCAAAUUUGGUCCCCUUUUGGACCCAGCAGCUUCAAUAGUUCAGGCUUGUCCACCCUUCCUUUUCCUGCGGGGUCCCCUAGUCACCAGGCCUAUGGCUGUGUGUCUAAGGAGCAGGCCGCCUUGUAGAGUUGACAAUCCCCCCUUCUUCCUGAAAGCAUGUGGAAUCCCCCUUCCUGGUCCAUACUCACCUAUCACCCACUUGUCCAAUGGGCCUUGUGGCUGCAGCCUGGCUGUCCCCGACAAUGGACACACCUGGCGAGAAUGGAAGGGGAAAGGAGAGAUUAGAGCUGAAAGACUGUUGCUGUCCAUCCAGAGAUGUGGGCCAGACUUUUCACCCUGAGACUUUGGCUCUGUUUGAUGCUGUGGGAGUGGGGUGCCAGGUGUGAGGGAAGCUGAAGACAAUACAUACAUAGCAGGAGUCACUGCCCUUCCAGGCUGAGAGGAGAGCUGCUCUCCUGUCACCCUCCACACCCUCUUAGAGAGCCUAUCCUUACUUCUUCCCCAGGGGCCAGCAGCAUAUCUGCCUCGGCUGGACUCUGGAAGGUUCCUGUCAAACUCCAGGGGCCUGCUGCUCUGUGGCAGGUGAUCCUCCUGAAGGCAGUCCUCCGCCUGAGAGAAUGGGCUCCCUGUCUGCCUGACUUGACUCUGAGCUAGGAACUAGGAUUUGAAGUAGCCCCAGUCCUCAUCUGAGCUGGCACAGAACCCUCCCCUUGAGGUAGGCCCUCUUAGGAGAUAGCCUCUCUGGAGGAGACACAUCAGCCUAUUCUGCCUUGACUCUUGUCAGGGAGAUGAGUUGGGCCCACUAGCCCAGGGUCCUGCUCACAGAAUGACCUCAGGUUGAGCCGAAGACUGAGGACCCCUGGCUUGGAGCUGCUCUAGCUCUCAGUGGGUAGGAGGAAUCACAGCCCCGCAUCCGUGUCUUCAUUGUUCUCAAAUCUGAAGCAAGAUCCGGUUUAGCCUCUCCUAGUAAGAGGCAGACCUCUUCAGAAACCAUAGCUCUCAAAUAGAUCUGAGGGAAUUGAAAGGGGUCUUGGACAUUGAAUUCAGUGAUCCUAAUGGCUUGGCUUUAACGUUCUAGAUCUGGGCCCAUCUCAGGAGUCCUCAUUUCUAGAGCGAAUUCAGCUAGGUUACUCUCCCCAGAAUUUAGCAGGGGAAGGAAGAACUUAAGGUCAGGGGCAGCUCCUCAGAGCCCUUCAUCAUUACUGUCAUGGAUAAGGAAGGGCACACAAGGAAAUGACCUCACAUCUGAAAGAAUUAGUACAAAGAUGGAGAGAACCAGAAGAGGAGGAAAGGAGAGAGAGCUUUCAGUGGAUACUUCUGAAAGGGAACCCUGAUAAUUCUACUAGGUUUGCUUUCUGGUCAGGCUAGAUUUCAACCCAAGAGUUUGAGAAAAAUAAGGUAUGUAGUGAUCACUGCUUGUCCUCCAACAUAGUCUCCCUCAUAUCUCCUCAGCUGCCCAGUUCUCCAGGAGAGGACUAUGGGACCCUGGUAUCUCCCUAAUGGAUCUGUCUCUGCCACUAGGAUGAUUUGCAGGUAACAGAGCUUUCCAUGGUCGCCUGGCUUCCUAAAGAGCCAGGUGUCACUCAGGCACAAACUGGGGAGAGAAGGCUGUACUCACCAAGCCGAGCAAGGUGAGGGCUGCCUUUUGCUGUUUGCCUUGACAGGACCACAGAGUCCAACCAAUGGGCAGCUGCAGCUGAGGGGGUCAUGCCCAGCCUUGGUGUACCACAGGAGCAGUUUGGCCUUCCUCAGCUCCAUACUGAGGUGCUGUCACCUCCACCCAAGCAUCCCUUCCUCUCCAGGCACAGGGGCUGAGGUUCUGGGGCAGACAGGCACACAUCUCUUAAAUCUCUCCUUGAAUUGUUUUAAUUCUACUUGAUUCUCAGUUCUUACAACCAUGCCUCCACCUUUGGGAAAUAGGAUGUGUGGAGACUGGGUAAGGAAGCAUCAAGAGUGAUGGGUUCCCCAGCAUGCACUGCUGGGAUCAUAUUGGACCUAGCUCUAAUGCCCCAUCUCCAGUCACCUCAGCUGGUUUCCAUGAAAACCACCAUGCGCUUUUGCACAGUCACUUGCUCUGUGCUAUCAAGGGUCAGAAGAUAUCCAUCAAGGGUUCCAGAUCUAUCUGAUUGUCAGGUACAGAGACAAACAGCAGGUGGAUGGUAAGAGGCAACCUGUCCAGGGUGCUAACCAUGAUGGUGCAACUUAAAAACAAGACUCUCUUGCCUCCCCUCAGCCUCACUUUGCUGAAAGGAUGCAAUGUGCAGGUGUUCCUGGUGGGCAAUAUUUCCUACCACCCCUCUCCUUCACCCUUCACUCACACACAUAGAGCUAGGCCUUUAUACUACUGAUUUUGAAGGACAGUUUUCAAAUGUCUAAUAACCUGUUUGGGUGUGCAGUGGUCAGAAAAAAAAAAAACUGCAUGCAAGAAGGAACAUGAACCUCAACCAAUAUGGCCGUUCUCAUUUGUAAGAUACUUUAACCCUGUAUAAAUGCAACUUUUCCUUUAGCUUAAUGGCCUGGGGUGGAAUAUUCAAAUAUAUAUAUAUUAAAAAUACAUUUAAAAUUUCAGAAAAUGUAAAAAAAAAAAUGAGGUCAGGUCCAUAAAGUUUUACUGCCUAUACCACCAUGUAACUACAUUAUAGCAAAGUAUUAAAAGAAACGUUCUUGCCUUUUAAAGUAAGUUAUUGCACUUACAUGUUUUGGGGGAGGGGAAGAAUGUGGGGAGAAGGGCACUUGGGGGCUGAGGUGGGGUGGAAUGCAAAGCAGAGACAGCACUCCCAGCACCCCUUUUGGUGGGCACAGCCCAGUCUGUCUGUUUGGCUGUUGUUGUUUGCAAUAAACUUCUCCUUCCUCCUCU